AUGAUGCACACAGUGCCCACAACACUACUUUAUAGCUUGGAAGGACUGCCAGACCUGGAGUGGGAAAAAAUACUACAAUUACAGAACCCAGAUGGGUCAUUCUUGUUUUCCCCAUCCUCCGCUGCCUUUACACUCAUGCAGACUAAAGAUGAGAAAUGCCUUAGAUAUCUAAGCAAAACUAUCGAAAAAUUCAAUGGGGGACGUAAAAUUCCAAAUGUUUAUCCGGUGGACUUAUUUGAGCACAUUUGGGCUGUUGAUCGGCUACAACGCCUUGGAAUUUCUCGGUUUUUUCAGUCAGAAAUUAAGGAAUGUAUGAAUUACGUCUCCAGAUAUUGGACAGCAAAAGGAAUCUGUUGGGCUAGAAAUUCAAGAGUUCAUGAUAUUGAUUGCACGGCCAUGGGUUUUAGGCUUUUAAGAUUGCAUGGCCACAAGGUUUCGGCAGAUGUGUUUCAGUAUUUUGAGAAUGGUGGCGAGUUCUACUGUAAUGCUGGACAGUCUAACGAGUCCGUUACCGCCAUGUUCAACCUUCACAGAGCUUCUCAAGUUGUCUUCCCAAGAGAGAAGAUACUUGAGGAUGCCAACAAGUUUUCAUCCAAGUUUCUGAGAGAAAAACAGGCAAAACAAUGGACUCCUAGAUAA